CUGUGCUUGAAUCGACUGUCUCGUUCUCACCCGACGAUCCGCGGAUGUCAGUGUACUUGCGAUUCGGGGAACGAGCUGACGUCAGUUGAACACUUCUCACCGGAGAUCGAGAAUAGCUUUGUCCGACCCCGGUCUGAGUCGGCGGGCUCAUCAGGGUCUCGAACUCCUCCUCAGAUUCCGCUGUUGUAUGCGUUGUCGCCGGGUGUAUAAGGAGCGUGCUUGAACCAGUGCGACUCAUCUGGCCACGCCUGCAACCUUGACCGGUAGUCCGUGCUAUGGCAGACAUACUUGCUGGAUUGCUCCAACAGUUCUGGGAGUUGCGUGUCUCGGUAUAUGCCAACGUCGCUUCUCUCGCCUUGCUCGUAUAUGACUGGCAGCUGACGUUUGGAGACGAGGUCAAUAUCAUGUGGAUGUCUAAGGCGAAGUUCAGCAAAUUGCUAUUCCUAUGGAUCCGUUACUUCGGCAUAGGCACCCACACGUUUAUCGUCGGUGCGAUGUACUUGCUACCUGAUCCUACACCUUCGGUCUGUCGUGUUGCAACAACGUUCCAAAUUGCAGGGCCGAACAUCAUGUGGUGGUCAGUGGAGUUCGUCUUCGCGCUGCGCGUAUGGAUACUUUACGAGAGGUCGCGGAAGCUGCUCUUGUUCCUUGCUACGGUGUAUACAGUAUCCAUUGGUGUCAGUGCCGUCCUGUUGGUCAAAGCGUUGCUUCAUGUCGACUUGAUCACGGUGCCCGGCGGGGUCGUCUCAGGCUGCUUCGCAAGUGUCCCCAACUACAUUUAUGGGGCAUUCGUCAUUGGCAACAUUACAACAUCGAUGCUCUGCGUUUUGACGUUGUACCAAACCAUCCGGUUCAGAGACGGGAUUACCAGGUCGCCGCUGAUCACGUUGUUCUUGCGGGACGGACUUGUCUACUACUUCGUUGUGUCAGUGGUCUUCUUGCUAAACCUGUUCAUGUUUCGCUUUGGUGCUGCGACGUUCAAGAUCCUUUUCAGCGGCUUCCUCGAGGCCAUCCCUUGCAUGUUCGGCGCGCGGGUUCUCAUCAACAUUCUGUCCCUCGUCCAAAAACAAUCUGGGGUCAGCGACACUGCUCCGCCAUACUCCGAGCCGAAGUUCCGGCACACAUCCACAGCGGGGUUUGAUAGCGGGGCUGGUGUAACGUCUUCGGGGACGGACGCUGGCACCUCCACGAGCGGGACUGUCACGGUGGAUAGCGGCUGCGGGACAGGGACGCACCUCAGUGCGAGGAGCAGCUCGAGCGGUAUGACGCUGUCUCGGGGUGCGUUGUCUGCGUGUGCAAUGGGACUAGAAGAGGUCCCUCGCACAGACAGCGACGACAUCGAGAAGGGCUAUGACUCAUGA